GAGGAAGAAAGCACAGUGCAGUCUUUAUUCCCAGCCAUUCCCACCCCAUGGAUUUAGUGAAAGCUGAUACCAUUAAGCCCUGCAGACCUCCUACUUAUCUGCCCCUCCCACCCCCUUCAGGCUGUGUGUUUCUGGUGAGAACAAAUUAAAUUGAGAAGAUGUUGCAGGGGAAAGGCUCUCAUGGGCUGCGUCUUCCGGCUUUGUCACGUCCAGCUUAAAUCUACACUUUUCCAGGCAGGAACUCUUGCAGGAAUUUGCGUUUCAUAUACAAGGAUGACGUUCCGUGCUGGAAAAACUAUUUUUUGAUAGUAACUCGGAUACACAUUGAUUUAAAGGGACCAGCUUGGACCUCCACACAGGACUUAGAUCGCAAUAUGAUCUCAGACUUCCUGCAAUGACAGCAGGUGCAAAGAAGUUGUCGCUGACUGAUAGGUUUGACUCCCAUUAGACAAAAGAAUCCACUACCACGAUGGCUGUCCAAGCUGCAAUAAUGAACCAUCAUUUUAUGCCCCUGUAUUUCCCGGGAUCUGCCGUGGACUUCGAGAAAGACUAUCACGAAGGAGUGGACUUUCUGGGUGCCGUCGACAGUGGCGACUACAAAGAACCCAGUAGGGACCUGCUAAGCUUCAUCAACACAGCUUCCAGUAACAUCAAGCUGGCCCUGGACAAGCCGGUGAAGUCUAAACGAAAGGUGAACCACCGGAAGUACCUGCAAAAGCAGAUCAAAAGGUGCACAGGUAUGAUCAGCAGCGGGGUUGUAAGCCAAGGGUCACCUAAAUGCCAGGCCGCCUCUCCUAGCAGCUCCAGCCCCCAAAGUUAUCACUGCAAGCCACCCCCAAAGAGGGACAGCACCCAGUCCAACCUGCAGACCAAGAGCCUGGCUGCCCUCUUCGACAAUGCCAAGGAAGUUCGUGGGGAAAAGUGCAAGAAAGUGCCCUUGCGAAAUCGCAACCUCCCCCCUUCCUUCUUCACCGAGCCGGCAAAUUGUUCGUCGGGGCGCCUUCCCAACGCCGGAGUCACCUUAAUAGACUUGGAGAAAGGCAACCAAGAACCCAUCGAGUUUUUCGACCUACUGUGCUCCGAUUACAACAGCAUGAUCUCGGAGCAAGAGAUUAUUCAGGGAGCAUCUGUAAGGAUACAACAAGACAUCACAGCAGAACAUUCCGUCUACGAGCCGUAUCACUUACUAAAUGGGCUCCUUUAUUCCGACCCCUGGAACCCAUGUAAUCCAAUUAAAAAGAGUCCCGUGGGAACUUGCACCCCGAACCUGAAUGAAAGUUUGAAAUGUGUCCCCAUGCCAGCCCCUGCCUUUGCAAGCAGCACUGACUCACCCAUGUCUACGUCAGUGGAAGACAGCUGUCCUAACCUAGCAUCAUUUACCCCCUGCUACAGUGACUGCAACCUGCCCCAAAUGUUUUACGACUGUAACUCAGGAUAUAACAGGAUCGGUUAUUCUGUAUUGUAGGUCUGCACAAUAUUUUCCUAGGGACCCUUUUACAGAGAUCUGUGCAAUAAAACCGCUCAGACCCAACUAGCAAUAUAACAGACGGUUUAUUUGUGUACAAUUUAUUAUAAGGAUAUCAUUCACCAUUUGUUUUUGUUGUUUGGGGUUUUUUUUUUUGUUUGUUAUUUUGUCUUUUCGGACUUUGAAACUCUUGCAAUGAAAUAAGCUAUUCUAGUGUUGUAUUGUUAACUGUUUCAGGAUUAUACGUUACUGAAAGCCAUAUCUGAUUUUAGGUAGUGUAUACACUUCUGUAUACACAUAUCAGAAAACAUUGUCAGGUUUUUAUGUGUUUCCUUUGUUGGCUGUAAGACUACAAUCUGUAAACCAGACUGAAGAAGCAAUGCAAUUGUAUGCAAUAAUAAAGAAAAUUAAAAAGUU